UGUCGCAUUCAAAUUCACAACGUCAAGAAGAAGACGAAGAAACAAGAAGCUCCGAGCGCUUGUAUUCUCUCCAGCAGCAUGGACGCCAAGCCCGAGACCUCCGCUACGCAGCACCCCACAGUCAAGCCAGCCGUCAAGGUGACGCCCUUAUCCCCUUCCCACCACAAGGACGCGCCGCCCAAGUCGCCUACGCGCUCACCGAUCAAGAGCCCCAGCGCCUUCGAGCAGAAGCCUCUGCGUAUGCCCAAGCCAAUGUCUAUUUAAACCUUGGACGUCACUAAAACACACUAAAAAGAAAAGAAACUUUUUUGAGGCUGAAAACUAAAUUUGACGAAGCUUAGAAAAAGUUCUAUCGUUCUAUUAGAUCUUAUAAAUGUUGUAUCAGCGGUAGUGAGGACCUAAAGGCACCAUAAACGGCGUGGCUAAAGGAUUUAGUCCAUUCUGGUCCACGGGCAAUGCACAUUCGAGCAGUAGAGUACC